UGCUUCUAUACAUGUUAUUGAACAUAGAUUUGUUUUCUCCUCCGACUGGCCUAAUAGAAGAUAUUGGAUUUUCAGUAACCACUCUACUAGUACGAACAUUGAUUUUUCUCAUCCACCAGCUUUCUGCUGUAUCUCUACAAAUCUCAAUUCUGCCUGGAACUGAAUUUCUAUUCCGAGUUUCCUUGGGAGAAAUUAAUUUUUGAUAGUGGUGGAGUUUUAUUAUUUAAGAAUUAAUCUAUAGCUAUUUUGGAUCUACAUGUUAGAGCUGUGAGGAAGGAUUUUUUUUACUGUCCAUUGAUUUACAUUACUGGGAACUACUGCUAAAUGUCUAUGGCUUCAGCAAGUGACUCCAAAUGGCAGAAAGAUGCAGCCGACCAGAAUUUUGAUUAUAUGUUCAAACUGUUAAUUAUAGGCAAUAGCAGUGUAGGAAAGACCUCUUUUCUCUUCCGUUAUGCUGAUGACUCUUUUACCUCAGCAUUUGUUAGCACAGUAGGAAUAGAUUUUAAAGUUAAAACAGUAUUUAGACAAGAUAAAAGAGUGAAAUUACAAAUAUGGGAUACAGCUGGUCAAGAACGUUAUAGAACUAUAACAACUGCAUAUUAUCGUGGUGCUAUGGGCUUUAUACUUAUGUAUGAUGUUACAAAUGAAGAAUCUUUUAAUGCUGUACAAGAUUGGUGCACACAAAUCAAGACAUAUUCUUGGGAUAAUGCCCAAGUCGUAUUAGUUGGAAACAAAUGUGAUCUGGAAGAUGAACGUGUAGUAUCAAUGGAACGAGGAAAACAAUUGGCUGAUCAACUAGGAUUAGAAUUUUUUGAAACAUCUGCAAAAGAAAACAUCAAUGUGAAAGCCGUGUUUGAGAGAUUGGUGGACAUCAUCUGUGACAAGAUGUCUGAAAGUCUUGACUCAGACCCAUCCCUCGUUAACAGCCAGGCUAAAGGAACACGUCUCACAGAAAACCCUAACCCACAAAACAGUGGUUGUCAAUGCUGAGAACUGACUGUGGACGAGUAAAAAGGACAAUUUGAUCUGAGGAAGAUUGUGUUUUAAAACAUUGGAUUAUAUGAAUAUCAAAAUGCUGAGAUAUAUAUCAUAAAAAAUGAUAUUCAUUAUACAAAUAUUCCAUGACCAAGCAUUUAAUAGUCUUAGCAUAAUAACAUUCCUUCUAUUAGAACAUACUUUUUAUAUUGAAUUACAAGAAGAAUAGUGUCAAAGUUUGUAAUAUCUUUUCCUCAAUGAAUCUUUUUCAAGUUAUAACCAUCAGCUUCCAGAUUGUAAAAAACUUUAUAGUCUUGAAAUAUGAUAGGAAACGUUAAAAGGGUUGUAAUAUAUAUUUUAAUUUUGUUUUUAUGUAAACAGGGAUCAUUUUCUACUAUUGAUUUCAAAAGGUCUUUUAGAAAUGAAAAAAUGUGGUAACAUAUAAGGGGUAUUUUGAAAUUAAAGUCACUAUAAUAUGGUGAUCAAUUGACCUUGGUGAACCUGAUCCCUGUAUAAUGGAGGCUGUGUAUGGUUAUUGAUCUGUAGUAUAUAUGUAGAUAAUUUGUAUAUUCUGUAUUUAUUGUGCCCCAGUGUGUUUUCUUCUAUAUAUAUCAUCCUAAUGGAUUUGACGUCUACUUAGGCACAAGCUGUAAAUAUAAUGGCCAAAUAUUCUCAUUCAUUUUGGGUAUGAAUCUAAGAAUGACAUUCAUAUGAAAAAACAUGCUCCUAAAUGACAAUUUUACUUUGUAGAAUGAUUGAAAUAUUUCAGUAAAAUUUGAUGUCAGAAACUUGAAGAAAGUCGACUGUCAUUUGUUAGUUGCCAAAAUUGAUCAUAUUCCUCAUAUCAUUAUCAACUGAUACAUAUAUCAGCCUUGUUCAGUUAUUUACCAAAUGACUAUCCAUGCAACAUGCUGAAAGUUACUAAAUGUGUUUGUAUUCAUUGGUCAGGUUCAGUUUAAGUAAGUUCAGAUACACACUUAUUAAAUUUAAGGCCAUUCAAAAUGUGAAUCUUGUCUAAAAUGAAAUUGUUAAAUGACUAUGUUAAACAGUAUGGUAAAGUUAAAGUAAAGUCUGGAUGCUUUUCUCUUAAAAUUAAUGUUAGAACUACUCAAGUGAUUAUUAUAUAUCAAUCAACAUUAAUGAACUUUUCAAUGAUUUGAAUUUUGUUUGUUAAUUUUUGAUUAUGGUUGUAUUAUUAAUAGUGUAAUUUCUUUACACUUUUACUUAAAGACAUAUGAUGUGAAACAAAACAGAACUACUUAUAUGUGAAAAUCGGUGAAAAUUUUGACUCAUUUUUUGUUGUUGGUUUUUCCAUUAGUUCAAUUAUACCCUCAUGUAAAUUGUAUUUGGACAAAAGUGGUACUUGACAGAUUUAUUCUUCUUUAUUCCUGGAUCUAUUUCAAAAUUUUAAAUGAUUACUGUUUUUGCUUCGUUUUGUUGUUCAUAGACGGAUACUACAGUGUAAUACAUUUGACUUCUUGGUUUCCAUAUACAAGAAAUUGUGGUUGUGUAUUAAGAAUUCCAAUAUUAAUAUAACAUUCCAUGAAAUCCAACUUGUUGUUGAUUUACAAAUAUUUUGUUGUUUUUCUUUUUUUUUUUUCUAUUUUCUUGAAUUAUAUUUAUAUAUUUGUUGACUUUGUUUAUAAACAAAAUGUAGUUGUUAAUUUGUGGCAUUGCAAUUUAUAUAUUGAAUUUUUAACAAUCUCAGAAAUCUAUUUAAUAUAUCUUGUGAAAUCCGUUUCUAACUGUUUGGUUGUGGUAUGUUUAUAUUUUCCAUGUAUAUUUUGUACUCUGCCAGAUUUAUUUUAUUAUUUUGUUAGUUUGGCUUCACGAUAUAGUGUGUUUUACAACUCAUAUGUUUACGACCUAUGUUUUACCAUUAUUUACAUGUCAGCAAAACUUUAUUUUUUUGUUUAUUAUUUACUCAUUUAUAUAAUUAAUACUAAUCUAUUCAUUGCAUCCUCUUAAUGGCUAACUUAUUAUACUAUUCUUAUGAUUUUCAUUAUGGCAGAUAUUAGCAAUUAUAUCAAGUAAAGGGUAAAUUUCAAUGUUCACUCUGAUGUGCAAUUUUACUUUGUUUAUUAUGGUUAACCAAUGGAGCUAGUAACUUCAUUUGUAUUUCGAGCACAAAGUUCAGUGAUAUUAUUGUUCAUCUUAACUGGCAGAGUAGGACUCAGAUUUUGAUUGGUUAACAAUUGUUUUAUAAUUUGUGCAAUCAAAAUUAUUUUGUUUCUGUUAUUAGUUUUUUCAUGAUACCUAUAACAUCAAUAUAAUUGUCAUACAAUAAAGUUUACAGUUUAACCUGGUAAUAUGUACUAUGUAAGGCUAUAAAAACUCAUAUUUUGAUUGUCUUGUCAUGCUGGAUAAGCCAUCAAAUUCACAAACUCUAGCAAAUAUUCGUUUUAUUCUAAAGAUUAAGAUGAAAGGUGACGUCUUUUUGUCUUGCCCUUAUAGGUUUUGACGAGAAUCUUAAUAUUAUUUUUUAAUGUCUUAACUGAGAAAUGUGUAACAUGAUAUUAAUAUCAAUAACACUAUCAUGCAGCUUCAGUCCAUGUACAGUAGUGUUUUGUGAACCUAUUGGUACAAGUCUUUAAUAUUUCAAGAAAGUAGGGUGUGGCAUCUACUGAUUAAAUGUCAAAAAUACAAACUGCAUCUCAAAUUUAAAACUGUUGAAUUUUAGAAAUUAUACAAGAUUCACCUUUUUUCUAGUCACUACUAAAUAUAUUCAGAUUGUUGAUGGAUUGAUGAUUAACUGUUAACUAUGUAACUUAAAAUCAUUCUGACCUAAAUCUGUAAAAUAAUAUUUACAGAAGAUGGUGUUGUAUUGAUUUUUAACAGCUAAUAAAUCCUAAAACAGUCUGAAUAGAUUUAAUCAGUUGUAAGAAAAUUGAUAUUUUUAUGAGUAGAUCUUUGCAAUACAAAGUACAAUUUUAUUGGAAAAUAAAUAUCUCUUGAUGAACAGAACCAAACAUAUAAAAGAUUGCAUUUGAUUAUUUUUUUUAAUAUUUUUUCCAUUUUACCGAUUCUUUAUAUUUUAUUUGUUAAAUAAUUAGUAAAUUCUAGAAAAGAUCAGUUAAUUAGGCUUUGAAGUCUUUGAUAAGAAGAAAAUUACAUACAAUGAAAAUUUCACAAAUUGCAAAAAUAUGAAUGAAACAUUAAUUUCACCAAGUAGUUGUUUUUUUGUACCAGUUUCUUCACUCCUUGUGUAUUUGGUGUUGUAAACAAUAACUAGACUGUAUCUAGGAUUGAAGCUCAUCUGAUGUGAUAAGCACGAUAGGGUCAUAUUACGGCACAAUGUUAUUAGAACUGUCUGUAGUGGGGACAGCCUUAUAAUAAAACUGUUAAUUGCAUCUUG